UUGAUCUCCGGAGCUGUGAUUCAAGUCCGCUCUCCCCAAAAACCUCCCUAAAACCCCUCGCCCGCAGCACACACACAUAUAUAGAGGCAGAGCGAGUUCAGCAAGCUAUGUUAGGCAGCCGCUUACUGUCCUCUGUUCUGAAGAGGAAUAGACCAAACGCAAUCUGCAAUAUCGGGCGGAAGCUGCCGCAACCCUCGCCGCAUUUCAGCCGGCAGCAUUUCAAGGAACUUCCGACCUCUCCCUCGAGAUCCUUCUUCCACGCCUUUCGAUCUCUUCCCAAGUAGGGUCAUAAUGUGGGUUCGAUGAGGAACUCUUCGACUGUGGCAUCAGUUGGAUUGGAGAGUAAGGAAGGGGUGAAGCUACUGGUUACAGCAGGGCCUCACGCUCGGAAGAUGGUGGGGAUUUGGCUCUUUGGCUCGGCUGCCUGGGUUUUCAGUAUGGUCAUACUUGGCGGUGUUACUAGACUCACCCGUUCUGGUCUUUCCAUGACUGAUUGGAAAUUCACCGGUCAGCUCCCUCCUCUUUCCGAUGAAGAAUGGUCCAAAGAGUUCGAGAAAUAUAAGCAAUCCCCAGAGUACAAACGUGUGAACAAAGGGAUGAGCCUUGAUGAUUUCAAAUUUAUUUAUUGGAUGGAAUAUGGUCAUCGUAUGUGGGGGAGGGCACUUGGUUUGAUGUUUGCUGUCCCAUUUUCGUAUUUCCUGCGUAAAGGAUAUAUAACAGUGCAACUUGGACUAAGACUCUCUGGUCUAUUUGCCCUUGGUGCUGGGCAGGGUAUGAUUGGUUGGUGGAUGGUCAAGAGUGGUUUGGAGGAACCAGCAUCUGAAUAUGCUGAGCCUAGAGUUAGUCCUUACCGUCUAGCAGCGCAUCUCACUUCAGCAUUUGCUAUCUAUACCGGCCUUUUCUGGACUGCACUUUCUGUUGUGAUGCCUGAACCGCCUGCAGAAUCCGUCACUUGGGUCCGGGGAGCAGCAAAAGUUAAGAGACUUGCUCUUCCUGUGGGCCUUAUUGUUGGUAUCACUGCUGUAUCAGGAGCAUUUGUAGCUGGCAAUGAUGCUGGACGUGCAUACAACACUUUCCCCAAAAUGGGCGAUACCUGGAUUCCUGAUGGCAUAUUCGAGAUGAAGCCAUUAAUUCGAAACUUCUUUGAGAACACAGCAACAGUUCAGCUUGACCAUCGCAUCCUUGCCACAACAACUUUAGCUUCAAUAAGUGCUUUGUGGUGGUUCACAAGGAAGGUAGAUCUACACCCUGCAGUGCGAAGUUUGAUCGGCAGCACUGUGGGCAUGACAUUACUCCAGGUAAGCUUGGGUAUAUCAACGCUCCUGUCGUACGUACCUGUUUCUCUUGGCACUGCGCAUCAAGCUGGGGCAUUGACGCUUCUAACACUGAUGAUGCUGCUCAAUCAUACCGUGCGGAAGCCUUCUUUGCCCCUUCUGAAAUCCCUGCCUCAAGUGGCAAAGCCACUAUUUUGAUACAGCAUUUGAAAGAGAUUAGAGUAGUGAAUAUUUAGUUCAUUAGGUACACAAUAUUGUCAAAGGGAUUUUGGUUGGUCUCUUUUUCAUUGCAAAUUUGAAGGACGUAGUAUCCUUAUGUCUAUUACAAAAUAAUACAGAUCGAAGCCAAUUCUUAAAGCUGAUGAACUCAGCUGUUCUUUUUCA